UCCGUUCUCAUCACUGCUGCAAACUCCAAUGUCGCUCACCGACUCGGAAGCAACCGAGGUGCGCACAUGGAUGCACCGGGCAUUGGCAGCCAUCACUGGCGGAGCUGCUUCGGACGCUGCCGUGGUGAACUCGGCCAUCACGCUGUACAGGAGCAACGCGACGCGCGAACAGCUCGCGCAAGAGUUGACGCGCUCGCUCAACGGCAAUGCGUCGGCAGCCAGCGGGCUCGCCUCGGGCCUCCUGCAUGAGAUCGGCCAAGCCAAGGCACGCACCAUCAAGGCACGCUUCGAGAGCCUGGCGGGGGCUUCGCGUCUCGGUCCUGCGGCAGCAGCAGCAGCAGCCGCAACGACAAUUCAGCCUGCUCAUCCACCUGCGACUGCUGCUGCCCCUGCUGCGGCUCCGGCAGUGCAGCUGCAGUUCUCGAGCUCGGCAAUCCAGGCUUCCAUCCAGCAGGCACAGCAGCUGCUCGAACGCAAGCGGGCUGCCGAGGAAGCGUCCGAAGCCGAGCGCAAGCGAAUGCGUCGAGAUCUCGACGAUGCGGCGCCGCCGAUGCCCAAGGUGAACAUUGACAGCCAAGGUCGCAUGGUGGACACGUCGGGAAAGAUCAUCGAGGACGCGCCAAAGUUUGUGCCGACGAUGCAAGUGAACAUCCGCGCUGCGACGGCCAAGCAGCAACGCGAGGAGGAGCGCCUCCAGCAGAAGGAAGCCUGGAAGGCACAGGAGGCUGCAGAGCGCGAGGCAGCGAGGCCAGAGAACAACCCGUAUUACGAUCCACGACUUGGAGGUGGCGCGUCGCAGCGUGCGGCACGUUCGAUGCGGUUUCACCAGCCGGGCAAGUUUGAAAACCAGGCGCACCAGAUUCGCGCGCGUGCACAGCUGGAAAUGUUGCAGCAGGAGAUUGCCAAUGCUGCCAAAAAGACCGCGCUGUCAUCAGCGACAAAGCUGGCACUCAUCGUCUCGAAUCGGGACUCUGCGAUGGACGAGAUGGUCCCCGAUAUCGAAUGGUGGGACGCCGAAGUGCUGACCGCGCCCGAUCCAUCCACUGCCACCAACCUUGGCACCCGUGACCGACCACUGACGCAAGUUUCUUACCCCGACUUUCCUGUCCUGUCAACCGAGGAGUUGACUCUGGCCUUCUCCACCGCGUUGCGAGUGAACGGCAAGAACGACAGCUCGGCCAUGGACACGGCAACUACCGACAACUCACAACAGCAGCCGCCCUUGCCGGAAGCAACGCAGGCGCUCGUGGACCGAAUCUGCAAGCUCACGUCCAUUUCACAACUCGUAGAACACCCAAUCCCGUUGCGACCCCCGUUCGAGCCGCUCGUUCAGCCUGUCAUGCCAAUCAUGUUGACGCCUCGCGAACGAAAGAAGCUCCGCCGUCAGAUGCGCCUCGAAAAGCAAAAGGAGAAGGAGGAUCGAAUUCGACUGGGUCUCGAGGCGGCGCCCGCGGGCAAGCUCAAGCUCUCCAAUCUCAUGCGCGUGCUGGGUGACCAGGCUGUCCAAGACCCGACCAAGUUGGAAGCCCAAGUGCGCGCAGAAGUCGCUGCACGCCAUGCCAAGCACCUGGCAGACAACGAAUCGCGCAAGCUCAAGCCGGAAGAGCGGAGAGCCAAGCGUCUGGAGAAGCGCAUGCGCGAUACCCAGUUUAGCGUCAAUGUGGCUGUCUUCCUGGUCAAGGAUUUGAGCAAUCCCCGCUACCGGUACAAGGUUGAUAUUAACGCGCAGCAGUACCUGCUGACUGGCAUUGUUGUUCACUUUCAAGAUAUGAAUUUGGUGAUUGUCGAAGGAGGUCCUCGCUCCAUCAAGCGGUAUAAGCGGUUGAUGCUGAAUCGAAUCAAAUGGGGGCAAGCCUGGAGCAAAAAGUCCCGAAUGGCUCCAGCGGCGGACGAUGCCGCUGACGAUUCAGACAACUCGGAAGCUGAAUCGGACGACGACGCGGCAGAUGCUACCGGUGCCAUCUCGAGCGCCACAUCGACCGAUGGCUGCUCGCUCGUUUGGGAGGGAACGGUGAAGGAGCACAACUUUAAGAAAUGGAGCUUCCUGGUGUGUCCAACUGAAGGGACUGCCCGUGAAGCCCUGCGUUCGCAUGGCGUGGAACAUUACUGGGACAUGGCACUCAAUCAAGCUGUUGGUGGUGAAUCGCACGACUAAGAGCGACAAUAAAUAGUGUUUUUAGUUGUGAUA